AUGUCCUUGACCGCCGCCGAGAACGAGCACCGCUGGACAGGCGCAACGGUGCGCGCAGCUGGCACCGAGCAGGUCUCGGCCCUUCUGCCGCCCCGCACGCCCGAACAGCGCACCGUCCUGGGCAAGGCGCGUGCAUACCAGUGCUACUGCGGCACAAACGUCGUGGACAAGAGUGACAGCUACUGCUCUCAAAACUGCGCGCGCAACGACGCCUUUUCGUCUCUCACACACACCCGCGGAGCCUCUAUCGGACGCGGCCUGGCGGACGCACUCAAGGCCCACCAGCAGCUCCUCCAGGAGCCCUUUGACGACGAGGCAUCAUCCCGUCGCAUGGCGCGGACCGACCACCGCCGUGAAGAGAGGCGCGAGGAGCGGCGCCGGCGCCGCCCCGACCCCACCACCGACGGCGGCAACCUCUCGCCAGUCUCUUUCCGCGCUUCCUCUGCCCUCUCCAACCUCUCACCAUCUCGCGUCCCGGAACUCGUGUCCUCGCACUCGCGCAACACGUCCAACGCGUCCAGCAUCUUUUCGUUGGCGUCGGGCGGGUCGCUCUCGCGUAACCCAUCCACCUCGUCGUCGCGACACCCCAACGCGGCUUCGAUGCUCAUUGACGACGCCAUCAUGGAGGAUGACGGCGAGGACCUCGACAUUGGCUCCCACCGCUCCACCCUCAAGGCUCAGUCUCGCCGGCGCAACCACGCAAGCUCGCCCAAGCUCACAGUCGCUACCGACAUGAGGGUGCACGACAUGCUCGACGAGCUCAUCAACAUGGAGCAGGACUUCCGCGUCUCAGAAUCGCCCGAGCCAGAGUUUGAGGAGAGGCUGGCUUCACCCUCUACCCCCAUCCAGUUUACGCCUCUUCACAACCGUCCUCCCCGCACACCUUCACCCGUGCUUGGUGGUCAGCCCAGCAUGCCCCCGCCCGCUCCCAACGCGCCAGACCGCCGCAGCUCGCUUGUCCACUCGCGUCCCUCCAGUGGGUUUGUUCACCAGUCGUCCCUGUCCGAGUCCCACACGGCUCUGUAUCUCGCCACGGCCUCGCCCAUGCCAUCCAAGAACAGCCGCCACCGUCGUUCAGCGUCGCCCAAAUUCAGUGUCCGCCGCAGCAUCUCGUUCACACCGUCGGCUGCUGGCCCUGCGUUCGCGCGCGCUCCUCGCAGCCGCUUGGACUCGCCCAACGUCACUCCAGUCCACCGCAGGCAUGUCACCCCGACUGCCCACCACCCCGCAAUGGACGGCUGGCGCUUCCCCACAUCCAACAACGUCACCCCCACGCGCCCCGCCUUUUCAACCCCAGGCGAGCCGGCCUCACCUAUCCAGCCUUCCCUUCUUUGGCCCGACGAGAACGCAGACCUCGGACCAGCGUGGUCGCCGGGCCGCACCAUUAGGGCUCCUACCACCCACAUUUCUCCUCCUCGUUCGGCCCUCCGCCUGGGCGACCUGAUUCGCUCAGGCAGCACCAACGACAUCGACAUGGAUGAUUCGGACGACCGCUCCGCCACCAUCCGUGGAUCCAUCCUCAUGGCCCCCGUGCCCCCAUUCGCACAGCGCGGGUGGUAA